AUGGUUGGUUCUUUACCUCUCAAAAUCGGAAAUUUAAAGGCUGCAACACUGAUAAAUCUGUCAAUGAAUCAAUUCUCAAAUGGAAUUCCUAUAGAAAUUGGAGGAUUGCAGAAUCUGGUGCACCUUUCUUUGAGGCACAACAAGUUACAAGGAUCUAUACCUGACUCAUUGAGCAACAUGGUAGGUUUGGAAUUCCUAGACCUUUCUCAUAAAAAUAUAUCGGGAACCAUUCCUAUGUCUUUGGAGAAACUUCAAAACAUGAUGUAUUUCAAUGUUUCUGUCAACAAGUUGCAUGGUGAAAUUCCCUCGGAGGGUCCGUUCAACAACCUCUCGAGUCAGUUUUUCAUCAACAAUGAAGCAUUGUGUGGUUCUUCAAGGUUUAGUGUCCCGCCAUGCCCCACAUCAUCAAAGCAUAGAUCAAAUAGGAAAAAAUUGCUUGUUCUAUUUCUUAUCCUCGGAGUUGCACUUGUAUUUGUUCCUAUUACCCUUUUGUUUGUAUGGAUAAGGUAUAGAAGAGGUAAGAAAUACCCUCAACAAGAUGAUUCAUUGUCUAUUGCAACGAGAGGUAGAAUUUCAUACUAUGAAUUGCUCCAAGCAACUGAUUCUCUCAGCGAGAGUAAUCUGAUUGGUUCCGGAAGUUUUGGCUCUGUCUACAAAGGCAUUCUCAGAAGUGGGACUGCUAUUGCAGUUAAAGUGUUUAAUCUGCAACUGGAUGUGGCAUUAAAGAGUUUCGAUACAGAAUGUGAUGGUUUGUGCAACCUUCGCCAUAGGAAUCUCAUAAAAGUCAUCACUAGUUGUUCCAACAUUGAUUUUAAGGCUUUAGUGCUCGAGUAUAUGCCUAAUGGGAGUCUUGAGAAGAAUUUGUAUUCUCACAACUACUUCUUGGACAUCCAGCAAAGACUAUGCAUAAUGAUAGAUGUGGCAUGUGCAUUGGAAUAUCUCCACCAUUCCGAGUUUUCAGCAUUGAUUCCGCCUACAUAUCCCUCAACUCAGGGAAUCAGGCUGUUUGUAGUUCGACUCUAUCGGUUUAAAAGGAAAUCUAUUAUGCAAGAUAACCUUUGGUUCUGGAAGAGCGACAAAAUUGGAAAGACGCCUCCGGUGGAAACCAAGAUUUUCGAAUGCAAAACUGAAAUUGAUAAACUUAAAGAGAACCCACAUGCCUUCAGAUAG